GAGGAUUCUGACUUCACAAGGCCUGGUCUAAGUUCAGAGAUCAGGGUCAGCCAGUGAUGAUCUUUUGCAGUUUGUGGAGAUGGACACCUUUGGCAGUAAGUUACAGCAGAAGGCUCUGCAGCAACCUAAGCAGAAGAAAUCCAAGUCGGCUGAAUUUCUGAUGGGUGAAGAAGCGAGAGCUAAUGUGGUGGGCAUUGAAAACCCAGCCUUUGAUGGAGAAAGAAGCACCGAGCGUUCCAUUCCUCCGGUUUGGCUCGGGAGAGAAAUUCGAGGUGACAGGCCAGAUAGCACCCUUGCAGCUCACCAAAAAAAAAUGGAGCCGCGAGCCCCUGCCAAAGAAAGAGGAAAUGAACGUGCGCAAAAUUACUUUGACCCGUCAUCGACAAGGCAGACGGACUCGGGGCAUUGCAGGACGACUGGGGUCAGCGCUGAAGAUGAGCUGGAAUUAAAAACUUUCACUGCUGAUGAAAAGAAACUGUAUGAAAGAAUAACUGCGUUGCUGGACGACGAAGACACCUUCAUUGACUUACCUGGUACGCUGCUAGCCUCCAGGGAUGAGGAGGUGUUGGAGGUGAAGGCGGGUGAUCUGGUGCUUCAGCGGCGACUGCUGCUCCACAGUGGUGGUGAUGCCUCGGGCUCCAGGCCCUCCCAGGCCCAUACCAUUGCCAAAACCCAGGCUGAGGGUAGUACUGAGCUGGGAGGAGAGGCUGGACUCGAAGCAGGGAGGAUGGUAAUGGGCAGAGAGAGCACUGUAAAAAUGAGGACAGCUGAGGAGGUGAUCCCCCACUACACCCAGCAGCUGAAGGAGCGCGUGCGGCCUGACAUGAUCAUGCUUGGCAGCCUUUCACUGCAGCAGCAAGUGGCUCAGAAUGGACCCCCGAAGAGAAGCGAGUGGGCAAAGAGAAAGAAAAGACUAAUGGCUUUCUUCACUGGUGAUUUUAAGGAGCCCGGUUCACAAAGAGACAGCGAUGAGGCAGUGAGACCACAACCCAUGAUGAACACACUGCUUCAGUGCAGCGACAUCGAAAGCCCGUCACUCAGAGCGCUGGGGGAAGGCCAAGAAGAAGCAAUGGCCAAAUACAGCCAGAUGACAGAGCUCCCAGAAUCCUCCUCUGCAGCAUCACGGCCCCUGUGGCAGGCGGACCAAAAGACCGCCUUCCAGCCCGUGGAGGUGUGUGUGCGCUGCCUACGAGCCAUGAGGGACAGACUUCCCAGGGGUCUCUAUACUGUCAGAGUGGCACUUCACAGCCAUCUAGGGGGUCCAGCUCUGGCCUGGUGCAGUAAGAAAGGGCAGCACGUUUGGGCAGCGUUUACUGAGCCGACUGAGCAUCGGGGACGCUUCUACGACAUUGACCUCCACAUUAACCAGAGUCUGUUCAUGGUCUUACCUGCCACCUGUAAUAUCAUCCCUUCCAUGGUGCUGGUUUUCCAGCUGAUCACAGCACCGGGAGAUAGAAGUCACGUCAGCUGUGCGCUGGCCUGGGCAGCAUUUCCUGCUUGUGGGCCAAGUCUCGGUUUGAUCGAGGGCAGGUUCAAAACUCCACUGAUCAGGGGCGAGCCCAGCACACAGCUGGACCAGUUUAAAAAGAUUGAAGCCCUCAUCUCCUCUGAUCUCGACCACUGGCUGUGCAACCUGUAUUUUCAGGUAAAGAGACUCCCACCUGGAGCAUCGAGGGGACCAGAGCACUGCAUCACUCUAUCAAUCCCCUCUUCUAAACAACCUAUCAUUCCCCAAUCUGAGGUCCACCAGAACCAGCUGCCACUCCAGCCCAAGCCCCCAUCGCAGCACCAGCUCUGUCCUCAGCUUGUUCAUCCCCAGUCCCAACAGCAGGCCUGUACAGACCCCAGCUGCAGAGCGGGAGAUCCCACUGUGGUACAUUCUCACCGGGGGUCCCCUCUCAACCUGUCAGCUGAUUCUGCUUGCUCUUCCUCAUCUCUGCCAGGCAAGAAUUUCUCAUCAGGAGCCAUUUCUGGAAGCACCGGAGAGAAGAGUGAUCCAUGCAGGGAGAAAGCAGAGGGUGGGAAUCACUACAAGAAGAAGCCAAUCAAGAAGACAAAUAGCUGUGGCCCCAGCAUGAGCAGCAGAAGUGCACCGCCUCGGCACGCAGACAAACAGAAGAUGCAGCCUUCAAUGGAGAACCUCUCCACGGAGGAGAUGGAGGAGUAUACAUUCUCCCUACAAUCACAACUGACUGGACCUGGCUCCUGUCCUCCGUGUCUGUCUGACCGAGCCCGUCUGGCUCUCUCCAUGCUGCCAUCUGAGCUGGGCCUGCCGUUGCUGCGGCAACAACAACAACUGCAUAGUAGCUGGCAUGGCUCCGUUCAGCAGCUCGGCCUCAUUAUACUGCUGCUGGCUUUGAUGUGGUUUCUGAGGCUCUACCUGCAUUACUGCAGCCAGUGGCUCUACCUCCAGGCCAUAGCAGUUCCUGUCAACAAAUUCCACUUCCACGCACACACGGUGGACCUCGUGUACCAGAGUUCUUUACUCCACACCCGGGAGGAGCUGGCAAUGGUGGUGGUGGGUCCCCUGACCUUGAACGCAAUAACGUUCCUGCUGGUUCUGAUCAGAUGGGGCUGUCAACAGAUAUUUGGCUCACUCCCUUCCUUCACGUCAAAGUUUAUCAUGGCUCAGGGAGUGUGGACAGUCCUCGACCCCCUGGCAGUCUUUGCAGUGGACGCCAUCCUCGGGCGCCUCUCCUACAGCCCUGACACACCAGUGGGGGAUGCUGCCAAGCUUUAUUGGCACUUCUAUCAAGCUGACAAAUCAGGUGCAGCGGGGGUGAUCAUCACUCUCUUCCUCUAUGCCGUCCUUUUUCUCCUUUCCAUCACCAUCCUCUCCAUGUACCUGCUCAGACUCCACAAUGAUGGUCGCAUGCUGGAUGUCUUUCAGCGACUCACCGCGAAGGAGGGGGUGUACUUUCUGCCUCAAGACCUUGAGCUGUCCAAUCAGGAACUGAGCUACAUUGUCAAGAAAGCAGAGCAGUGGAGAGGGUUCAAUGGAGAGAGGCGCAAGGUGGCCGUGUAUGACUAUAUCUUAACAACGGAGGACCCCGUGUCAGACUCUGCAGCGCCCAGCGAUGAGUCCCAUAGGGAUGGCGCACACAUGCCAGAGGGUGAGACCAGCACCCAUGUGGCAGUCUACACACUACACCUCAGCGGGCUUAAACAAAUAUACAGGCACUUUCUUCGACAGUCAGAUGGAGCCAUCAUAGAGGUGAUGGGUGACAUAGAAGGCCUCGACAACGCAUCCAGCACGGUGCCCUGCCCGGCUCAGAGCUCUGACAAACAGAGGGAGGACAAAGGAGGCGACGCUCUCCAGCUACGGAAGCGAAAGAAACGAUUCUGGCGGUCCCAUCGUGUUGAGCCAGUAGGAGGAAACAGGUGUGACUCCAGUUUUGCACUACAAGACCUCAAUCAAUGACAUCAGGUGGAAGAGAGAAUAAACACUGAGUCCUCUUAUUGAUCAUUUAGCAAUACACUGCAGAAGUUAUGCAUUCUGAAUGUUACUUUUCCUGCUCUUUGUGUUAAAAUCAGCAUUUAUUAAUCUCCCAACAGCAGAGUUCCUGACAACAGCUCUCAUCACCUGUUUGUUUUUUAGUAGUUACAAAAAAUAUCCCCCUGUUCUGUGUAUUUGUGUAGUACUUCAAAUAACUGCAGUGAGAAAUGCACUGUACUUUUCACUCUUGAGACCCUGUGCAAGUAAACAUAAAUGGUGUAUGUGAACUGAUAAGCCAUCUGUGACCUAAUAAAGCAAAUAAAUACUUCACCACCACUUCUAAUGGGUACAGGUUGUUAAGUGCUGGGGACUGCCUCAACACAAUGAAAUAUGAAGAUUCUUAAAGUCACUAAUCAGAACACGAGUGAUAAAAUAUCAAUAUUGGCCCCACAUUAAGCAGGAUAAUAUUCAGGCCAGCUUGAUUUGUAUUGAAUAUGUGUCUGCUAGCCGGUGCUUAGUGUAAUGAAGUGGCUCACAAAUCAGACUGUAAUGGCCGCCUACUUACACAUAUUGCUUAAUUAAAGGUUGUGAGCUUAUUAGCAUGUGUCUCUGCACAGGGUGGAGGGAGAUGAGGAUCGGGACUGCUGUCAUUGAGGGCCAGGCUUUAAAGGUUUUAUAGAUAGCUAACCUAUCAUACUAAAGCCAUAGCACCCCCUGCCACCCCCCUAAAAUCGGAUCUUAAUAACCUGUCAUUUUCAUUGAUGAUGAUUCUCCUUUAUGGGCAGCCAUUAUAGAUCAACUUCAGGGUCUUGCUGAAUGGCCAUAGUGCCCGUUUGCGGCCCAUCAUUAUCGCGAACACACCUUACUU